CUCCUUGAAAAUAUGGUUUCCUGUUCAGGCAUGUUGUCUCGAAAUCUUGCGUUGCCCUGUCUGUGCGUUCGCACGUUGAGAACGUCCGCUCCGAUGACCGGUGGUCACCACAUCGAGCACUGGUGGGGUCCCGAGAAAGCAGCAGGUCGUGAGCUUGUCGGCUUCGGAAUUAAUGGCGACUACACGUAUAUCGACCGUUUGGACUAUUGGUACCCAGCAAUCAGAUUCCGGAAAGAAGACGACGUCAUUGCGCCAAUUAGAAAGAAGGAACUUGGUGAUUGGAAGAACCUUUCCCUUGAAGAUAAAAAGCUCUUGUAUCGCUACAGUUUCAAGCAGACAUUGGCUGAGUUUGAAGCACCGACUGGGUAUUGGAAGGUCAUAUUGGCUUGUUUCUUCUCUGUCUUUUCUCUUGCAACAUUAUACGCUGUCUUCAUAAGCGUCUAUGUGUUCCCUGAGAUCCCAGGAACCUUCCAAGAUGAAUAUAAAGAGGCACAGGUCAAGAGGGCACUCGUUCUUGAAAAGGGCAAUUUCUUGGGAGCGCCAAAAUACUACGACUAUGAAAACAAGAGAUGGAAGUAG